CUUUCAAGAAGUCUGUAGCAACAUGUGCGGUAGACACGAAUUUCACAGGCAAUGUUAUGACCACAGAAAAACAAGUGUCUCGAUCUUCGUAUCUUCUUGUCGUGGAUGUCGGCUAUGUUUGAUAAGGCUGGAGAUGCGAAUCUCCAGAGAUAUGAAUUUUGCUAUAAAAAUGUACCCCACCGGCAACGUGGAACGUUAGUAGAGUUCGGUAACCCGAAUGCGCUACGAUGAACAGGGUCGCGAGUCUAUUAGUGCUCACGGUAGCAUUGGAGUUGGUUUGGGGACAAUGCACUGUCAACAUAAGAACGAAUCUUGUAUCCCCUGAACCGGUGUUCUUCCGUACGGCGACUCAGCUGUGGUCACCCGAUGGACCGUCCUUGUUCUGGAAUUCUGGCGAAACUACCACCAUCUCUUGCCAGAGUGGAACACUUACUGGAUUCGGUGUAAGCACUGCUUCCCUAACAUGCCAGUCGGGAACUUCAUUUACCAUUGGCGGAACAGCGGUGAGCUCUUCUGCAUUGACUUGUACCCAACGAAUUACCGGAGAAAUCCAAACCACAACUACGUCUUGUGGUGGAGGUGCCGGACAGCUGAGAAACAUCGGAUUCCUUAACCCCAGUGGCCAAAUGGUGACGUACAUUCAGUCGUGCUACAACGUUAAUACGGCAUCGGUUAUCUACACCAGGCACAUAAUCCCUGGACGAGCGAUCAACCAUGCCAUCCAGGAAUCAUACCGUCCAUCGUUCAAGGUAGCGGGAACUGCCUCGCAUGUGAGUCCAGCCACUUCGUAUACCACAGCUUCCCAAGCCACCCGUUUGGCUGUCUUGUUGGGCUCGCAAGCGCAAGCCGAUAGAUUUAUUACCACAAGUUCGUACAUGUCACGUGGCCAUCUGUCUCCAGAUGCCGAUGGAAUCUUCCGCUCGUGGCAAUGGGCUACCUAUUUCUACGUGAAUGUAGCUCCUCAAUGGCAGGUUGUCAACGCCGGAAACUGGUUGACCGUGGAGGGCGCAGCCCGUAACAUUGCAGGACGCUUGCAAGAGGACGUUCUGAUAUUCAAUGGUUGUCACGACGUCAUGACAUUGCCGCACGUAAAUGGCCAGCAAAUUCCCAUCACCUUGGAAGCUGGUGGUAUCCAGGCUCCGAAGUGGUACUGGAAGAUCAUCAAGUCACCGAGUACCAACUCUGGCAUUGCACUGAUCACCAACAACGAUCCAUUCCGCACGAGCAUGCCGGCAGCGGAGAUGUUGUGCAGCGAUGUGUGCAGUACCUACGGAUGGGCUAAUGCCAACUACGGAAACUUUGGUCGUGGAUUUACGUACUGCUGUACGGUGGCUGCCCUCAUGAGUGCAAUUCCAGCCAUUCCGGCAGAGGCUGCUGCAUCCAAUGUACUGCGUUACUGAACAAUAAAAAAACAUGGAAUAAAGUUUGUCCAAUGGAAAACUUCAA